UCAGAAGAGAAAGGAAACUCAAGCAUCAGAACAGGUGACUAAUAAACAUACCAAAAGAAUAUGACUGCACAAAUGCCAGAAUAUGAUCAAAUAAAACAGUUUAAGGAAUUCCUUGGAACCUACAAUAAAGUUACAGAAACCUGCUUUUUGGACUGUGUUAAAAACUUCACAAGAGAAGUGAAACUUGAAGAGGUCACCUGUUCAGAACAUUGCUUACAGAAAUAUUUGAAAGUGACACAAAGAAUAUCCGUGAGGUUUCAAGAAUAUCAUAUUCAGCAGAAUGAAGCCCUGGCAGCCAAAGCAGGACUCCUUGGCCAACCGCAAUACAGAAGUCCUGGUGGACUUUGA